AAAUUCUCUGUAAACCGGAAGUCCCGCCCCUUUUCAUCCUUUCACUGGUCGACUGACGAUCAGUCCGCAGACACGGCAGCAUGCCUCGCAAGAUAGAAGAAAUCAAAGAUUUUCUGCUAACAGCCAGGAGGAAGGAUGCCAAGUCCGUGAAAAUCAAGAAGAACAAGGACAAUGUUAAGUUCAAGGUGCGCUGCAGCAGAUACCUGUACACGCUGGUCAUCACAGACAAGGAGAAAGCAGAGAAGCUCAAGCAGUCCCUCCCACCAGGUCUGGCUGUGAAGGAGCUGAAGUAAAUCCAGGAUGUACAGAUAAUUGUAAUAAAAUUG